ACAUUGUCAAAACCGAUGCUACUACAACCAGUGGAAGACAGCGUGCUAUCGCAUUUAGUGCGACAGCUUACUCCAGCGAAAGUCGGAGGUUCCGUGGUGCUCAGAUGUGAAGUGUCACCUCAAUUCGGUUUAGCUGACAUCACUUGGUUACAAGAUGGACUACCUCUAUCAUCAGGGUAUAUGGGUGCGGAAACACGCUGGGUUUCCGGGGCCGGUGGUUUGUUACUUGGCUCGGAUUUAACUCAGGCCGACAUACAAGCGGAAUAUUCGUGUUUGGCGCUCGACACGCCCAGCCCGCCGCUGAAACUAACAACAGAUGAUAGCAGUUGGUUGGAGAAUAUAGAAGUUAAUUCCAUUGAAGCUCGCGCUGGGGACACUGUUCUAUUUCCGUGUAUAUUAAGACAUAUCAACAAACAUACUAUCACUUGGCAGCGACAGGAGGCUAAUGGCGUAUGGGUGUCUGCGGGGGAGGGGGUGGUUCGUGGGGGUACUCUCGUCUUGCCGAGUGUACGAACGCACCACGCGGUGCGGUACGCUUGCUCUCAGGGCACGGAGACGUCUCCGCGUGUUAUUGUGAGACUGGUGGUGUACGAGCCCUUGACAGUCGCAGUUACACCGAAUCCUUUGAUGCUAGGCAGUGGAGCAAGCGGUCAUUUUAACUGCUCAGUUCAAGGCGGUCGCGGGGGAGGGGUCACGAUUAGCUGGCAACAUGAAGGAAGACCGCUACACUCCCCUCAACCGAGGCUGGCUCUUGGUCCAGUUCGACCACAUCAUGUCGGCCUGUACCAGUGUACAGCUUAUGAUCAUUCUGACUCAGCUGUGGCUGGAGCCGAACUUAUUAUAGCUGACAGACCGCCUAGACUGGUAUCGACGUUCAGUGAAGCAAUAACGAGAAUUGGACAAACAAUCGCAUUUAGAUGCGCUGCCACAGGCAUACCUUCUCCGCGGAUUCUGUGGACCUUAGAUGAUAGACCGUUACCUUCUGUUCCUGAGAAAUACAGUGUAAAUACUAGAGCUGAAACGUUAAAUGGAGGCGAUGAAGGGACCAUUGUAUCUACUUUAAGUAUAACAAUAAGAACGGCUGAUGAUGGCGGAAGGUAUGGAUGUAAUGCGACUAAUUCAGGUGGAUCUCAGGCACAUCACGCAAGAUUAAACGUGUUUGGUGCUCCUAAUAUAAGGUAUUUACCACCGAUACACGUGAAGACAGAUACAGAUGUUACCUUAUAUUGUCCAUAUUCUGGAUAUCCUAUUAAGGAAGUUACUUGGCGAAGGGAAGAUGGAACUUUAGUUGAAUCACCAAUCGAAAGCAACGAAGAUCGAGGUAUACUCCGAUUGACUACAGUCAGAAGUUCUAUAGCUGGAAGUUAUACGUGCGAAGUCAGGGCAGAAAGCGGUGAACUUGCAAGGAGAACAGUCAGAAUUGAUGUUCAUAAACCUCCAAAAAUAGCACCUUUUCAAUUUCCCGAAGAACUAGAAGUGGGAGGAAGUACACAAGCUACGUGCAGUUUAAUAUCGGGAGAUAAACCGAUACAGUUUUCAUGGCUAAAAGAUAAUUUACCUAUUCCAUCAACUUUAAAGGUCGAACAGAAAAAUAUGGACUUUUUUACGAUAUUGGUCAUACAAGAUUUGAAUUCAAUGCACAGUGGCGAAUACUCUUGUAAAGCUACCAACGACUUUGGAACUGUGAGUCACAGCGCAUCCCUAAUUGUUAAAGAGCCUCCAACGUGGGUAUGGAGACCACAGAACACCUCUGUGUCAGCUGGUGCCGCGGUUCUAUUGCCGUGUUCAGCUAAAGGACAACCAAUGCCGAGAAUUUCUUGGGAGUUUUCUUCUGAAGGUGAAAAUUGGCGACAUAUACUUUGGGGUCAGACAGAAUCAAGCGACGUUAGUGAAGGCUCAAUACUAUCAGAUGGUACUGUUUGGUUGCGCGCCGCCACUCCGGAGCAUGAGGGCUGGUAUCGCUGCACCGCGCGUGUGCAACAUUCUUUCCUGCACCAUUCAUUUUACCUUGACAUUAGAGAACCUCCGAAACUAACUCGUGGAGGAGGUUCGGGUGAGACUCGAUGGGUGGUGCGAGGGUCCACCGCUCGUCUCACUUGUACCGUCCGAGGAGAGCCCGAGAUACACAUACACUGGACGCAUGACUCCAGGCCAUUGGCACUGCACGGGUCAGGUGGCGUUGAAAUGAGGGAUUUAGGGAACGGCGGAAUGACAUCCGAAAUAACAAUAUCACACGCUGGUCCGGAGCACGCCGGCGAUUAUAGAUGUAUGGCGAGGAAUUUGUACGGGAGUGACGAGCUACUAUUUCGACUAUUUGUAAAAGAACGUCCGAAUACACCAGAGGAAGUGCGCAUAUCGGAAGUGUGGUCGCGUAAGGCGCGUGUCACGUGGCGCGUAGCACGCGCAUUCGUGUCUCACUACUCGCUGCAGUACCGCGCGCUCACCCGCGACCUCACGAAUGCACCGCUGAAUGCACCAUUACCGGCGCUGCUAGACUCCUGGGACUCCCCCGACGUGCUCAACAUAACAUUGGCCAAUUCGGAUUUGCUUCAUGUCGCCGCUGAAGGACCAAGUAGAGCUGGCGCGUCAGUGGCGGGCCUUUCUCCAGACACCCGAUACGUACUGAGGUUGGCGGCGUUCAAUGACGUCGGAGCUUCACCUUACACUACACCUUUACAUUUCACAACGCGGGAAGAAGCGCCCGGAGGAGUGCCACGUGAUAUCACAGUACGCGCGCUCCGAGCUCGGGAGCUUCAAGUUACUUGGCAGGCCCCUCCGCGUGAAACAUGGCACGGUACACUUCUCGGUUAUACGAUCCGUUGGUGGGAAGCAUCUGAAGAAGGCAAGAGUGCAAUUGACACGGCUUCAGAGAGCGGCGCCAGUGCGGACGCGACAAGUACAACACUCAGAGGAUUAAAAGCGGCCACCAGAUAUGGAGUUACUGUGCGAACGUACAAUGCAGCCGGCACUGGACCUCUGUCGCCCCCACAUUACCGCCAUACAUUGGAAUCACCACCAACUGGAGGUCCAGAAGGCUUAUCAUGUUCCCCAAGUAGUUCAACUUCACUUCGUGUCUCAUGGCGCCCUCCGAGUCCGGACGCACGAGGGGGACAGAUAACUCAUUACACUUUACAGUACACAAGACGAGAUUCCGACCCCUUACAACCAACGCAAGACGCACAUUUAAGAGUUCAAGGAGAAGAAGCAACAGUAUCUCGUUUAUCAUCUUACGCUGAGUAUGAAAUUAGAGUAAGAGCUCACAACGCAGCCGGAGAUGGACCAUUAUCUGCUCCCCAAGUUUGCAAAACGGAUGAAGACGUGCCGAGCGCUCCUGGUGGCAUGAAACUGAUCGCCCUCAGCGAACGCUCCUUGAGAGCAUCGUGGCUGCCACCUCUGGAGCCUAAUGGAAGACUGACUCAUUAUUCACUUUACGUUAAAGAUUUAUCAGGGUCACAAGAAGCAAACGUAACAAGAGUUAAUGCAUGUACUGACGGCGAAGCUACGGUGGAAUGUAUGAAGCCAUUACGUGGUCUUCGAGCAGGAAGGACAUAUGAGGCUUGGGUUAGAGCAGCUACUUCUGUUGGGGAGGGACCACCAUCAGCUGUUAUUGCUUGUCAAACUAGUGCACUGGCGCCAGCCCGUAUUUCCUCAUUUGGCGGUGUAGCAGUAGGAGCUGCCGGUGGUUCACUAUCUCUUCGCUGUGUAGUCGGAGGUGUUCCUCCACCAGCUAAACGUUGGCUUCGAGGUGGGAACCCGUUGCAUCCUCGGGCACCGUUCCAUUUGGAUGGAGAUGCACUUUUAAUACGUAGCUUAGAACUAUCACACGCUGACAAUUAUACAUGUGUGGCUGAAAAUCCACAUGGUUCGGAUUCAGUGACAUGGCGUGUGUAUGUACUGAGACCUCCGAUACCUCCAGGAUUGGCAUUGUUAGAAGCGCGAUCCAGGGAACUUGAGUUAGAUCUUCGACCUGCUCCCAGAGCGCAAGGUCAUGCUUUUCCAAAAGCUUACACUUUGCAUUGGAGACUUGCUGCGCCUGAGGGCGAAUGGCGAAUACAAGCGGCUAACCCGGGCCCAGUAACUCUUACUGGUCUUCGAUGUGGUUCAGCAUAUCGAGCUUAUGGUUCGGCCGGUGGCGCCCCAGGGGCUGAAAUAUCCAUCAGAACUUCUGGUGGUCCACCGACAGCACCACCAGAUACUAGGUGGAUAAGAGCGAAUGCAACUCACGCAAGGUUCGACACAAGUAUGUGGUCGGAUGGUGGUUGUGGCCCAGUUGCAUUAAAGCUGGAAUGGGCAGGUUCUGGAGUCUCUGGAGCAAGAGAUGUACCAGUUGGAGGGGAAGUUAUUUUGGGAGGGUUAACCCCAGGGUCAAGGUAUCGUGUAGCAGCUCGUGCGUCAAAUGAAGCAGGAUGGACUCGAGAAGUAUACGAGUUCACAACGACACCCGCCGAGGGGAGCUACGCGGAAGAUGUGGAUGCUCCGUUCCCAGCGACAGCGGGGGAAUUGGCGUUGUUACUGGCGUUGUGUGCAGCGUUGUCGCUCGCUGCAUUAACAAUAUUAGCAAUUCUCUUAAGACGAAAGAGAAGCGACGGCGCAGUGGCUCGUGUAAUUACUAGCGGCGACAAACCUAACUGUGGCACGUACCGACCGCCCCCACACCCAACACCAAAACUACCACCAGACCCACCAGACGUGUACGAAAUAAGUCCGUACGCUACGUUUGCGGGUGGAGACGCGCUAGCGGGCAGCGGCUCACGCGCCUACACACUGCAGUUGCGAGCGCUUGCCCGUCACGAAGACGACGCUGCGCCUCCAGUCCAUCCGCCCUGCUGCGAUGAAGAAACAUGCAUAGACACCUGCGAGGCUCAGCGACGACGCCGCAGACGAAGACACUACUGCCCUGACCACGGUUGUUCACAAGACUCGGGAAGUUGAAGUACACUGCCAAAACAUUUAGUAAAAAAUAUCUAGUCAACGUAAUUAGAAAAUUUCGUUAUACAUAUUAAUAUGUAUACAAAAAUUUUU